AUGACCAUCACACACAUUGUCCAGUUCAGCUUCAAGGACGACUUGUCGCAGGAGGAAAUGUGCGAGAGCAUGCUUUCGCUCAAGGACAAAUGCGUCCACCCGACGUCCAAGGAGCCGUACAUCAAGUCCGUCUCCGGCGGCGUGGAUAAUAGCCCUGAAGGCCUGCAGGACGGCAUCACGCACGUCUUUGUCGUCGAGUUUGAGAGCGCCGAGGAUAGGGACUACUACGUCCGCGAGGACCCUGCGCACCUUGCCUUUGUCGCAGCGGCGGGCAAGACGGUUUCCAAGGCGAGAGUGGUUGACUUUACGCCGGGGGUGUUUUGA